AUGAAUUCUCAUGAAGGUCUUGCUACGAAUAGAGCACCCUUAUUUGAUGGAUCCAACUAUGCAUUCUUGAGUGUUCAAAUGCGUGCUUAUCUAAUGUCUCUUGGCUUUGAUGUUUGGCAAAGUGUGGUGUUUGGAUAUACAAUUCCUACAAAUCCUCCAACGGAUGUUAAUGGGGAGAAGGAUUUUGAAAAUAAUGAAAAAGCCAUGAAUGCAAUCUUAUGUGGUCUGCCAGAGAUAGAAUUUGUAAAACUUAUGCAUUGCAAUUCAACCCAUGACAUUUGGGAGAAACUUCAAAAAACAUAUGAAGGAGAUGACAAGGGUUUAGAAGAAAAGGUUGAGGAGUCUACAAUUGUUAAAAAAAAAUUAAGAUCUCUUCCUUUGAGUUUUGAUGCAAAGGUUCCAGCGAUUGAAGAGAUGAUAGAACUUGAUAAGUUGACUAUUGAUAAACUUCAUGGCAUUGUAACAACGUAUGAGAUGAUGACAAACUUUGAUUCUUCAUCCAAAAGGGAGGCAACCUUCAAAUCUUUGAAGAAAGGAAAAUAUAGAGAGUAUGUAUCUAGUGAAAGUUCUGAUGAAGAAUUUGAUUCUAAUGAAGCACAUUUUAUGAGGAGGUUGAAGAAAGGUUCUAGUAAAUAUAAGCUAAAUUUCCAUAUGAAAAAAGUGAGGAUAGAAACUAUGAAAAAAAGCCUAAGUUCAACAAGAACAAGUAUAAGGGAAAAGAGAAUAAGUCUCAGAAAUACAAAACGAGUCUCUAUUAAAGAAGAGAGUUGUUCAUUUGAUGUUAGUGAUGAAGAGUCUUCAAAUGAAGAAAUAUUGUUCAUGGUCAUAGAAGAUAUACAUAUUGAAAAUCAAGAAGAUGAAGAUUUUUUUGAUGAAGGAGAAGUGAAUUUUGAAGAAGAGCUAAUAAGCGCUCUAAGUGAAAUCAAACGACUUAGAAAAAAAAAUCAGAACUUGAAGUUCUUGCUACAAGAAGAGAAUGAGGUGAAAGCCAAGACAUCUCAAGCUCUUGAAGAAGUAGAAAAAUUGAUAGGUGAUUUGAAGUUUCAGGUUGAAGAAGCAAAUAAAAUAGAAGAAAAAAUUAGAAAUCAGCUUAAGUUCAAGGAUGAAAAUUGUGAAAGACUUGAAGCUGAAAUUGUUUCACUUAGAAAGUUAGAUAAAUCUUCGACAUAG